GAGCGCGGGGUUUGAUGGGAAGGCAUUGGCUGGGCCCAGCUCUCUUGUCAGUAGCGGCUGCUGCUGCCUGUUCCCGAGGCGGGCUACGCGGUGGCGACCGAGGCUUGCGGGAGUGGACGCCGGGGCCGGGUUGGCGCCUGCUUCCCUCAGCUGUGACUCAUUUUGGACGACUCAUGAUAUUUAUUAUUGUGCCAACUUUCUACAAAUAAAAGAUGGGUGGAUUACUUUCUCGAUGGAGGGCAAAACCUUCAACAGUAGAAGUUCUAGAAAAUAUAGAUAAGGAAAUUCAAGCAUUGGAAGAAUUUAGAGAAAAAAAUCAGAGAUUGCAAAAAUUAUGGGUUGGAAGAUUAAUUAUCUAUUCUUCAGUACUUUAUCUGUUUACAUGCUUAAUUGUGUAUUUGUGGUAUCUCCCUGAUGAAUUUACAGCAAGACUUGUCAUGACACUCCCAUUUUUUGCUUUUCCUUUUAUCAUCUGGACCAUAAGAAUUCUGCUUAUUUUCUUCUUUUCCAAGAGAACCGAGAGGAAUAAUGAAGCAUUGGAUGAUUUAAAGUCCCAGAAGAAAAAGAUACUUGAAGAAGUCAUGGAAAAAGAAACUUAUAAGACAGCUAAAUUAAUUCUUGAAAGGUUUGAUCCAGACUCAAAGAAAGCAAAGGAGUUUGAGCCGCCAUCUGCUGGAGCAGCUGUAACUGCAAAACCAGGACAAGAGAUUCGUCAGCGGACUGCAGCUCAAAGAAACCUUUCCCCAGCACCAGCAAGCUCUAGUCAGGGCCCUCCUCCACAAGUUGCAGUAUCUCCUGGGCCAUCAAAGGACGCUUCAGCUCCUGGGGGACCACCAGAAAGGACUGUUGCCCCAGCCUUACCCAGGCGCCUUGGAUCCCCUGCUACUUCAGUUCCUGGAAUGGGCCUUCAUCCUCCAGGUCCACCCUUAGCAAGACCCAUUCUUCCUCGAGAACGAGGGGCUCUGGAUAGAAUUGUUGAAUAUUUAGUUGGUGAUGGUCCACAGAACAGGUACGCCCUCAUAUGUCAGCAGUGCUUUUCUCACAAUGGCAUGGCCUUGAAGGAAGAAUUUGAAUAUAUUGCUUUUCGAUGUGCCUACUGUUUUUUCUUGAACCCUGCAAGAAAAACGAGACCCCAAGCUCCACGACUUCCAGAGUUUAGUUUUGAGAAGAGGCAGGCAGUGGAAGGCUCAAAUUUGGCUGGUCCCAUAUUAUCAGAAAGUGUACCCUCCUUGGAGAACCAGCUCAGUGAAGAAUCUUUAGAAGAACAAGAUGUUCUUGAUAAUAGUACAGAGCAGAGAGAUGACAAAAUACCAGUUACAGAGCAGAUGAGCCAAAUGAUUGAAAAAACAUCUGGUUCAGAGGAGCCAGAGGAGGAACAAGAAGAGACUGAGACUGAGGAGACACCAGCAAACGAAGCCGAGUCAGCUGUUCUCAGAGCCGACUCUGUUUCUAAUCUUGAACCAAGUGAAGACUCUUUGGUGGCAAAGUAGUAAAUACUAUGUGCCUUCAACUGGAUAUUUGUAAUCUUGUUGAUGUCAGUUAUUGCUUUUUUUUGUGGUACUCAAGAAAAAAUUGCCUUCUAUGUAUAUGCUUAAUAUUAUUUAAAUUCAUAUUGCCCAGCAAAUUCAGUGUGCCCAAGUCCUGGCAUUGGGCAUUGGAAGUAAGAGCACGUGGUAUCAGUUAACAUGCAUAGAUGUUAGAUAUUUGGUGCAUUCUAAAGUUUUUUAAUAAGCAUUUUUGUUUUCUAUAUGUAUAACUUGUAAAAAAAAAUAUCCAUUUUGACAUAGGAACAAUUUUGGCUAGGAACAAUUUCUUUAAUAGUGUUUAAGGUUUGAAACAUAAUUAAGAUUUUGAAUACUUCAUCAUUAAAUUUUAACUCGAGAUAUUUGCCAGUGGGAGGAAAUAUCUUAUUUAGGUGUUUACAUUAAGCGAUACUGAAAGCUGUAACUUUAAUUACACAGGCAUUGGUACGAAUUCUCAAUAAGAAUGCAACUGAACAGUCAAGUGCAGUGUUUCUUUUGAUGUCUUUUAUUUUGUAGCUGGGCCAAAGGCACAUGAUGUAUAUAGUUAGUUUAUGUUUACAUAUUAACAAAUAGGAAAUACGUCUGCACUUGACUGUACUUGAAUUCUUGGUAUUAUUUAUAUUUGUAAAAUAAUAAUGAUACAUAAAUGCAGUGUGUGUGUGUGUGUGUGUGUGUGUGUGUGUGUGUGUGCGCGCGCGUGUGUGUGUUUGUUAAGGAAAAUAAAGAUAACCUGGCAGUGGUGUUUUCUUUGUUAAAUAUCUAGACUUCACAUAGUGUUUGAUGGAUGACUUGACUAUCUGAAAAAAUAUUGGUAGGGAGAGCUCACUGUAUGAUAAACAUAUAGUAAAUUAUGGUGUUUUGUUUUCAUUUAGACUUUUAGAUUCAGAGAAAUAAGAAAUUUAGUGUUUUCAAUUAGAAGCUAUUUUUUUUUCUGAUUUUGAAACACAUUAUGCCAUAGACAAUUUUUAACUUUGAGAGACAAAUAUAUUUUUAAGACAAGGCAGUUGACUUUAAUGAAGCUCGCUGGAUUGAGUGUGUAUACCAGGCAUCAGGUGGGAAGAUUUUUGAUGUAGACUAGUUAUUCUUAAACAUGAUGUGGUAGU